AUGGCCAAGAAGAAAACACAAGGAACAAAGGCUGGAAAACGAGUAGCUUCCAAGAAGCCAGUGGCCAAGAACAAAACAAGUACAGCCAAGCCUUCCAGCAACAAUAUGAACGAUUGGAUCUCGUCUCUAGCCAAAGAAGCUACCUCUUCCGAGAGCACUAAAGUAAUGUCCAAGGAAGAUCGUAUACGGAAACGUGCCGCCAAAAAAGCCAAACGACAAGAAGCACAGGAACUGAAACAACAAUCCCAAUCAUCAAACAGCAUGGCAAAUUCGAAACCAGCAGCAGCCCCAGUUUCGCAACAGAAAAUCCAAGCAGCCUUUACCAAACGCCGCAUGCGACAACUUGUGACCAUUCUCGAAACUGUUCGCAAUAAUUACAACCAACGAUCAAAAAAGGACUUGCCGCGACCCUUUGAAGCGCCAGCCUUCAAGAAACGGAAAACAAAGGGUUGGAGUAAAGACACCAUUCAACCACGAACAAGUGAUUACGCGGGCAUUGGAUUGGCGCGGGACUCCCUUUUCAUUUCCUUCAAGGAGCCCUCCUUCUUUCCCAGUCUAGAAGAGGAGUUUAAAGAACAUAUUCCGGGAUUCUUUGGCAAACAACGGACCAAGGCAAUGAAACGACAGUUGGACAAGGACAUGUUGUGGAAAAAGAUGGCAGACAAGGACAAAAUGAACAAGAAAUUUAAAAACAUGACACCUGACCAACGAGUGGAAGCAAUGUUAGAGGCGGGAAUGUUAUGA